GACACCUUUUUUUCUUCUAUCACACCAGUCGCUUCUACUUUUUGGGGGUGGGAGAGAGAAACGAUGGCAGAUGGCUACGGCUACGGCUACGGCUACGGCGGUUUCUCUGGAGUACCGUACCCGAUCUUUCUUACCUCUCCGUCUCCUCAUCCUCCAACUUCUGCGCCGCCGAUCCAACCUUUUGAGUCCUCCUAUGAUCCAACCCAAGGAGGGUUUGAUCCGAUGAUUUCUCAUGGCUCUUAUCACCGAUCGCCGGCUGAUUGGUCCAAUCAUCCAUCGUAUGGUGAUAAUUCUCGCUCUCAGACGCCUUCUUCAUCGUUUGGAAACCGUGGUCCCAGGGCUGAAGAUUCUCAUAAAGACUUGUUCUCACCGAGUGGAUUUAACCCUUCAAGGGGAUCAUCAUCUGAUGCUGUGCCAUUUCCCACUGAGAAUUUCUUAGAGAGGCAACGCUAUGAGUGGGUGCCUUACACCUCAGCUUCUUUAGCAGAUAUGCUUAUCAGAAACUCUCAGGAACCGUUCUAUAAGCCUAUGCCGCCUUCUGGUGUUAAUGCUUUUGAUGAUAAACGUCCAGGAUAUUACCAUCAUCAUGGCUAUGAUAAACCUGAGAGUAUGAAUGCUCCCCCUGGUCUUUCCGUGGAGCCUUGCGUACCUGUUCCGUCUUUACCAAUGUCUAGCAUGAAAACUGAAGCUCUCUUUGAUGGAAGUCAGACUGGGCUUCGUUUAGGAGAUGGGAGAUCAUUCUUUGGUGAUGCACCUGAGAAUAUUCAAUCUAGCUUGCACGGUUCUUCUGUUGAACCGGUGAAUUUCGACGUGUUGCUUGGAUAUGGUGAAGCCACUGGUCAUGUCAAGCCUUUGUCCGAGAAGACUGUUGGCUCGCCUAGUUCAAGGAGUCUCCGUUCUUCCCUCCCGCCACAAUUCAAUGUCGAGUCCUCGGGUUCUCUGUUUAAGGAAAAACGAGAAGGUAGUGGUGUCUCCUCCCUUUAUCAGAUGCCGAAUACGUUGGUCGCUGACAUUGAGAAUGGUAUUUCUGAGAGCUCCUUGAAGAAUGCGAUCGAAGAUUUGAAUUCCAAUGAGCAUAGAUCCUGGAACCACUUCAUGGUAUCUUCUGAGGGGCCUUCAGCUCCUACUGUGUUUUCUAUGGGAAGUGAGCCAUGUGGUGCAAUGAAAGCGGAUAAUGGCUAUGCUGCUUAUUCAGCUGUCAACUAUAAAACCCCUUCCGAAGGUAGUGCUAUUCAACCUAAUGAAGAUGUUCAAGCCGGUGUGGAGACAUGUAAGCCCCAGGAACAACUGUUCGAUACGAUGAAUAGAGCUAAGAAGACCAGUUUGUUGACAGAUCUUUGUAUCAAAGGGAGUAGUAGAUCUGAUGGAGAUGAUGUCUCAACUGGCCGAUCACCUGAAAAGCAUUUAAGUGAUGAAGGAGAUUUCCCAUCCCCGCCUUCUUCUCCAAGAGUUUCUUCCGUGAUUAAUGCCAUGCAUAAUCUGUCAGAAGUGCUUGUAUAUGAAUGCCUCAACAAUGGGAGCUGGCUGAUGCCGGAACAACUUGAGAACCUUGAUAAAGUAGUAGAGAAUCUCACCAAGUGCUUAAAGAAAAUCACCAGUAACAAGACAAUAGCAGGGGAAGCAUCAGUUCCAACUCCAGCUAUGAAUGUAUCAUGUCCAAACGUGGUUGAUCUUAAUGAGGCCCCAAAUGUAGUUGCUAAAGACUGUAAUGUCAAGCCACUAGACAGCUUUGGACUCAAAGAACCGGUGGAUAAGGAUACGACUGAGAUGACCCAGAGUAUUAAGAACAUACUUACUUCCAAAUUUCCUGAUGGUGAAGAAAAGCACCCACAAACACUCUUGUACAAGAAUCUCUGGCUCGAAACUGAAGCUGCCUUAUGUUCCUCGACUUGCAUGGCUCGCUACCAUCGUAUCAAGAACGAGAUUGAUAAUCUCAAAUUGCAGAAUAAAGAGGUCUCUGCAGAUGCAUCAACCUUUAUGCAGGAACCUUUUCUUAACCCGACGAAAUCGGUUUCCAUCAUGAAUACUGCAGAACAGGAGACGACUGAAUCACUCAUCAAACACGGGAGCUAUGGUGGGAACAAUGUAGUGACAACGAGUCAUGACGCACCACAAAGCUUUAAAUUCAACUCUAAUCCCGUGGAUGCAGUAUUUUCACUUAUGUCCAGAAGCUUUACCGGUGGUUUAGAACAGGAAAAUCAUGGGAACGUCAAGCCCACAGCAGGGGAAAAGUGUGAUGAUGUUAUAGACCGGUUUCAGAUUCUGAAGCUUCUGGAAACAAAGCGCAAACUCAAAUCUCAGAACUGCCCGGAUUCAGAUAUUGGUGUUGUAAACAGGCUUCAGAUUCUGAGGCCGCAGGAAACAGAUUGCAAACUCAAUUCUCAGAACUUCACAGAGACGAGAGAGGAUAAUCCAGAUCAUCAACCUUCGGAGAUGGCUAAAAUUGGCAGACGCAGCCACGUGACUGAUGUGAUGGAUAGAUUUCAGAUACUAAAACGCCGAGAAGCUGAGCAAGUUCAGAAGAGCUUGGACACAGAUUCAGAUUCAGAAGACGAUCAGCCAAGAAACAAGACGCAAAUUUGUGAUCACCUCUGGCCAGACUCGAUGAUGAAAGUAGGUAGAGAGUCGCAGAACGAGAUGCACGUCGGUGCUGAACCAUCUGGAUACUCGGACUGGGAACAUGUCCUCAGGGAUGAUUGAUUACUGGAACUUCCUUGGACAAGCAGUUUCGAUCCCUUUUAAUUGCUUUGUUUGUGUAUAAAUAAAACGGCUUUGUGUGACUGACAUUAAAUGAAACUGUGUGGAGUGGUAUUUACUGUCUUUAAAUUUGAUGUGUUGUUCCUAAG